CAACCCUCUCCAGGGACCCCUUUGUUCGAGUCCCAGACACCUCAGCAUCCCUAAGGACUUGACCGCCCGCGUGAGCCCAGCUUUCCGGACAGAGCUCAGAUCGCAGAAGGAGAAGAGGGGACGCAGCAGCCCGCAGGACAAGCCAUCCAUCGACAUGUCGCGCUCCUUCUACGUGGACUCACUAAUCAUUAAGGACUCCUCGCGGCCAGCACCCUCGCUGCCGGAAUCGCACCCAGGGCCGGAUUUCUUCAUCCCACUGGGCAUGCCGUCCCCGUUGGUGAUGUCAGUGUCCGGGCCUGGCUGUCCGUCCCGCAAAAGCGGCGCUUUCUGCGUGUGCCCGCUUUGCGUCACCUCGCACCUGCACUCCUCUCGCCCGCCCGCAGGAGCCGGUGGCGGAGCUACGGGGACCGCAGGGGCUGCAGUGGCGGGCGGCGGGGUGGCUGGAGGCACCGGCGCUCUACCUUUGCUCAAGAGCCAGUUCUCUCCCGCUCCUGGGGACGCGCAGUUUUGCCCACGGGUGAGCCACGCACACCAUCACCACCACCCACCCCAGCAUCAUCAUCACCAUCACCAGCCCCAGCAGCCCGGCUCGGCUGCAGCGGCGGCCGCGGCGGCGGCGGCGGCAGCUGCGGCGGCGGCGGCUCUGGGACNCCCGCAGCACCACGCACCUGUCUGCGCCGCCACUACCUACAAUGUAUCGGACCCACGGAGAUUCCACUGCCUCACCAUGGGAGGCUCCGAUACCAGCCAAGUACCCAACGGCAAAAGGAUGAGGACAGCGUUUACCAGCACGCAGCUCCUGGAGCUGGAGCGAGAAUUCUCAUCCAAUAUGUACCUGUCCCGACUCCGGAGAAUCGAGAUCGCGACAUACCUGAACCUGUCAGAGAAGCAAGUGAAAAUCUGGUUUCAGAACCGUCGCGUGAAGCACAAGAAGGAGGGGAAAGGCGCUUCGAGGAACAAUCACACAAGCUGCAAGUGCGUGGGUAGCCAGGCGCACUAUGCGCGCUCCGAGGACGAGGACUCCUUGUCCCCCGCCUCGGCUAACGAAGACAAGGAGAUUUCCCCCUUGUAAAGGCAGAGGCUCCUUCUCCUGCUACCUGCUCCCAGUACCCCGCCCUCCUCCUCCCCCCCAUCAGCACAGGGACCAAAGUUCUAGUCCAUUGCCCUCAUUCACCUGGAAAAGAAACUCUGAAAAGUCCGGGGAAUUCAAUGCUGGGCCCAACUUUGAAGCUAGCUCCUCUUUAUCUGGGAUUCCACUCAGUUACGGAUUGUUUUUUGUUUGUUUGUUUGCUUGCUUGCUUUUUUUGUUUUUAAUGUAAAUAUCUAGAAUUUUAAUCAGUCUCAUAUAACAGGAAAAACCAGGGUUGAUUAAAGUUUAACACUGUAUGGGGGGGAGGGGUUGGUUGAAGCCGCAUGUCAUUUGCCCCCCCUGUCUUUUCAGAACCUGAUGAGAAGAGGGGUUUCUUUAUUGUUUUUGUUGUUGUUUUAAAAUGAAAUCAUUGAAGUUGCCAUUAAUAUAGAGAGUUAAACUCCGUCGUAGGUCUUGUUUUCUGAAAAUUUUCAUGGGGGAGAAUUUUAAAUCCAGGUCUCUGGAAGUCCCUUUGUAUGUGAAUAGUUUUAUAUAAAAUACAUAUUUAUAUUUAUUUAAAUAAAUGAAACGAAAUAAAUAUUUUUUAAUUCGU